GGGCGGGGCUUCCGGCGGAAGUGGGUAGCUCUCCACUGCUCGGUAGGCAAGAUGUUGCAUCCAGGUUGGCGGUGGCUUUGCCUCGGACUGUGCAGCCUCCUGCUGGGACAGGCGGAGGCCCCGAGCCCCGUGGAGCCGCCGGAGCGGAGCCGGCCGUAUGCGGUGCUGCGUGGGCAGAACCUGGUGUUGAUGGGAACUAUUUUCAGCAUCCUGCUGGUGACCGUGAUCCUUAUGGCAUUUUGCGUCUACAAGCCGAUUCGGCGCCGGUGAUGGCCAAGCCAGCCCUCCCACGAGCCUUUGGGAGCAGAAUAAGUCGUGUUGCACAUGGGUCAGUGGAGAAGGUGGAAUCAGAACUUAACUGCUUGGAAACGAUCAUCGGUCUGGACAGUUGGUAAAUGCUGAAUGAUUUAGAAAAAACAUCUAGCCAUUACCUUAUCCUAACACUGUAAUGCAAGUAUUUGGCCACUUGAGCCUGCUUCUCAGUGUUUCUUUUUAUAUCUGGCUGUACCUGUUGAAAGUAAGACCUGAAGCUCCAAGGUUCAGUGUAAAGUUGGAGUGUUCACGAGAAAGAAAACAUGACUUUGUGAGUGAUGUAAAAUCCACACUGGAAAGGAAUAAUCAUUAAUGCUUGAAAAUAUUAAGAAGAGUAAGACUUAACAUGUAGACAUUCCCUGCUUAAGAACCAUUUGGUCACAAUGGGUUAAGAAUCCCAAAUGUUUUUAAUUAUCCCGAGUUGGCCUAGAUGCCCCGUUUGCAAAGCAGUGUCAGCUGUGGGGAACACAGGCCGCCACUCCUCACUCUGCACGGAGCUCUGCACUCAGACGCCCCCACUGAAGUUGGGGUCACACCAGCUAGGCCUGUGACCACGGGCACCCUUGGGCUGGGAGGCACUGGGGGGGGCUGGAAGUGUUAGCACUUGGCCUAUCUGAAAAAGAAUUGGUCCCAUUCAAACACGUUGAUCUCCUUGUCCUGCACUUAAAGUCUUCCCAGCCCUUGGCCUAGAAGUCAGGGCAGCUUUUCUGAUUCGGAAUCUAAAAGAGACUCAGCAGGACCUCUUUUCCGCCCUGGGUGGGGAGGGGCUACAGAAGUAUGUGUUCACUGUGGCGGGUGGGUGUGUGUUUACACAGUUUAAUUUCAACUUUGAAAAUGCUGCUAUUCACUUGCACUGUUGGUGAACUGGAAUUUUCCCCCAUGGAAAUACUUUCGUACAUACAGUAUUUAUUUUAUUUUAAGGGUGCUGGGUUUAACUUUGUUGUUAAAUUAAAAUGCUUGUUUGUGCUCCAUUCAAGCACAGCACUGAUUUUGUUUUUAACAACCAGCACUUAAUGUGAAAUAACUGAUGUGGGAUACAGUAACUGACUUAAGGAUUUUGUUUGUAACCCUAACACUGAGUCACUGAAACGUGCUUUUGAGCAAAAUGUCCAUUAAAACUAAAGUAAAAUCUUA